GCGAUCAUACGAUCACGUUCUUUUUCCACGUUGGAUAUUUGCUUCCGUGGUACAUAUUUUGUACUUGCACCUCUCAUGUCAUAUAAGUGUAUGUGGGGCAUGUACUCACUCACAGUCACCUUGCUGCUAGUGCUGUGUCGGCUUUAAUUUGUGCUACAUUUUCAAAAAGUGCCAAAAAGGCAAAUAAAAUUCAGUUUCCAAUUUUACAAUCAAACUCAACUACAAUUGAUACCUAUUAAUGGUGUACAGUAAUUCUUUCCAGAAUCAGAAGGGUGAUACUUUAAUAAUUAGUGACCUGGCUGUUAUGACGCAAAAAGUUACGUGUACGUUUUAAUAAUAAAUAUAUCAUUGUUUUUUUAAUACAAACCAGUGCUUUCUGAUGUUAGAAAUACCCACUUUCACCGUUUGCAUCCCUACUAGCAUAAAGAUGUCUCGAAAGAGGACCAGGAGCCAUUCAGAAGAUAAUUUAUUCUUAUCAGAUAGAUUACUCCUCCAACCAGUCAAGUCUAUUUGCCAGGAGGCCCCGUUCAGUGAUGAGCCACUUGCCAUUCAAACCCGUAAUAGAUGCGACUACAGUAGAAAGAUUACUUUUGAUGUAGCAAAAAAUGGCCAAGCUCCUAGACCAGUGAGAGUAUAUGCUGAUGGAAUCUACGAUUUGUUCCACCAGGGUCACGCAAGGCAGCUCCUGCAAGCCAAAAACAUAUUUCCUAACGUUUACCUUAUCGUUGGAAUUUGUAACGAUGCCCUAACCCAUCGAAAAAAAGGCAAAACAGUAAUGACUGAAGACGAACGCUACGAGGCGGUCAGGCAUUGUCGUUAUGUUGACGAGAUAGUAAAGGAUGCUCCUUGGGAACUGGACGAAUCCUUUGUCGAAAAACACAAGAUCGAUUUCAUAGCUCACGACGACAUUCCGUAUGAUACCGAAAAUUGCAAUGACAUCUAUGCGCCCUGGAAGGCCAAGGGCAUGUUCGUCGCGACGCAGCGUACCGAAGGCGUCUCCACGUCAGACAUCGUGGCCAGAAUAGUACGCGACUAUGACGUAUACGUCCGCCGAAAUUUAGCACGGGGUUAUUCUGCCAAAGACCUGAACAUUUCGUAUUUGAGCGAGAAGAAGAUCCGGUUACAAAAUAAAAUGCACGAACUCAAAGACAAAGGCAAAAAGGUCAUCGAUUCUAUAGGGGAACGUAAGGAUGACAUGAUCGCCAAGUGGGAGGAGAAGUCCCGGGACUUUAUCGAAAACUUUUUGCUUCUUUUCGGGCGAGAAAGGCUGACGAAUAUUUGGAAUGAAUCGAAAGGGAGGAUUUUGAACGCUUUGAGUCCUCCUGGCUCUCCCACAAGAGACGGAUCGCCUUAUUCAAGUUCGCAAUCACUUGAUGGAUACCACGAUUGUGAAUCGUUUCCACCUCCCAGAAAAAAUGCCAGGUACGAUGAGGGGUAUUUCCCCUCGUCUAGUAGUAAGUCUUACGGUAGAAAAAAGGACUCAAAAGUUAAUAACGAUUUCAGUGACGAUGAAGAAGAUUUUAUAUAGUUUUAUAUUGUUGUAAAAUGACGAGCAAGCUAGUAAUUCGGCAAAAAAUUAAGUUAUUGGUCCUUGUAAAAGAGGAAGGUAAUAAACGAAUGUGAAAGAGAAGUAGAAAUCCUGAGGGAGGAUUAUUAGCUUUCGCCAAAUGCAAGUAUAUACACACAUAACUAGGUAACGUUGCCCGCAUUAUAUAUAUCUAUUUAUUACUAUGAUUUUAUUGUUUUUUUAUUUUAUUCCUAUGUACAGUUCACUUAACAAGUUUUGCAAUAAAUCGAUAUUUAUUAGUUGAAAGCGUGUGUUAUAUAUUUAAACGAGUAAAAAAAAGAAAUUAAAUGUGCAACUUGAUAUUUGCUAAUUGUUUCUUGAGUCUCAGAUAAUUGUUGAUAACAUAUUGUUCCUUUUUUAUUUAUCUAAUGAAAUGUGAAUAGUGAUCAGCGACUUCUGAAGUAUUGAUAAAAUUGUACAUUGUAUAUUUAUUUAAAUGUUUUUAUCAUAUUUGGAAAACAGAAAUUAUUUUUUAGACUUUGCACCAUUAAUUUAUUAAUUUUGCUCAGUUACUGUUGUUUCUGUUUGAUAAAUAAUUAUGUUAAAUUAUGUCAUUAAAUUGAUUUUUUCUGUUUAUUUAAUGAAUGAAGGCUUUAAAUGUGUAAUGUUAGAAAUAGAUCUGUUGAUUACGACCUCAAAAAAUACCGAAGAGUAUAGUUUGCACAUGCGGAAUAUUUUUGAAUUCUAUUCGUGGUUAAUAUAGAAGAAAAGGGGAUAUUUUGCUGGGUCGUAUCUUUAAUAGAUCUAUUUACAUGAAGUAUUAGAACUGUAGUAGUCAAUAAGACUGAUCGAAAUAAAUUGCGAAUUAUUACGAUAAUUCAAUCGUCUUAUACGUUAUGUAACGUGUAAUUGCAGUGCAACCUUACUAUCGUAGCUUAUUUAGGAUUUUCUAUUUAACGUUGCCGAAAACUGUUGUAUUUUUCGUUUAUUUAAUAAAUUUUUUUAUCAUGUU